AUGCCGAGUAGAGAGAUUAAAUACGAUCGGGCUUCAAAAUCAUUACAAGAAAGGGGAGACCCCGCUAGAUUACAAGAGACUGCAAUAAGGAAUGGAUCUGUUGUCUCUACCCCGGCGGGUCUUUUUUUGAUAGAAAUACAAGGGGAGCUUAACAUUCCAACAAAGAAACCAGAUGGGCUUAAUGAAGAAGAAGAGAAAUUGUUUAUUACGAGAAAGGUUCCAAAUAUAUACACGGAUAAUGAUAAGCCGUGUAAGGACCUCGUUAGAUUUGGCAAGAUAGAAAUUCAUGAGCAAUCCGGAGAAGCUAUUCUUUACAUUAGCACUUCACAACGUCUUGAGGGAAAGAUUGAAUCAUUGGAUUCUCCAUUGGGUAUAUUGAAGAUACCUCAGGGAGAUGAGAGUUGUGAAAUGCUUGAUGUCAUUAAGAAACGGUUGGUGUUCAGAAAUAGACCACUUCCAAUUAUGUGA